GGAAAAAAGAAAUACCUUUUUUCAAAAGGCACUCCCCCCAUUUAUGAUUAAAUGCCUUUCCUUUUCCAUUCUAGUUUGGUUGCAUACACUUAUUACAUAUCUCUAAAUCUCAACUGAAAAUUUGUCUUUUUUAUUUUUUUUCAGCAUUUGAGUUUUGAGAGAAAAGUGGUAGCUUCUAAUAUAUACCAACCCUUAUCUCUCAGAUUUUCUUUCAAGAACAGAUUAAAAAUCCAUUUUUUUUCUCUGGUUUCUCCCAAAUGGCUCAGUCAGAAAUGGGUAGUAAAGAGAAAACUAGCUCUUUCAUGGUCCAAGUGAACUCCAUAGGCAUCCCAAUCUCAGACCCACCAACACCACCACCACAGAGAAGCGUCUUCCUUGCUCAACUCAUUCUCAAAAUCUCAGCCAUUUUCUUCACACUCUGUUCAAUCUCUGUCAUUAUCACCAGCAACCAAUCCAUCAUCUUGUUUGGGAUCCAGUUCGAAGCAAGCUAUGCCUACUCAUCUUCUCUCAAGUUCUUGUUUGGGGCUAAUGCUGUAGUGUGUGUUUUCUCUGUGCUUUCAAUGAUCUCCGUCUACCUCUUGAGGCGUUCAGGGUUAAAGUUGAGAGACCAUUUCUUCAUCUUCCUGCAUGAUAUGGUGAUGAUGGUGUUGAUGGUAUCUGGGUGUGCGGCUGCGACGGCAAUAGGAUACGUGGCCAAGCAUGGACAAGAAGACAUGACAUGGCAUUCUAUAUGCGGUUAUGUGCACAAGUUCUGCCACAAAAUGAUAAUAUCCAUGGUCUUUUCUUACUUGACUUUCUUUGCUUAUUUAGCUCUCACUAUCAUCUCUGCUCAUGGACUCGCCUUUCCUUCUCCUUCUACUUCUACUUCUGGUCAUUGAAAAUUUGCUACUCAUCGAUCUCUGAAGAAGUUGGAGUUAGAUAUAAUUAACUAGACCACGAAACUGCAGCCAUGGAAAUGGGAUGGAUAGCUAGCCUCAGCUCAAUAAUAAACCAUAUGUAUUUAUAUUUAUAUAUAUAUAAUACACGUAUAUUCCAUGUUCCAUUUUGAUCUGCUUGUCUGCUCCUUAAUUGUAUUUCUCUGUUGCUUUGUUUUCCAUUUUUACUAGUUUAAGUUGGAGAUUCUAGAUAGGAGGACACAGUGGAAUGUUUGUAAGUGGAAAUAUCCUUUUUUCAAUUUAGGCUGUUUUCAUAUAUAUAUAUAUUUGUUAUUUUGUC